GACUCUAGGAGGAAGAGCAGAGAGCCACGGAGCCAAGCCAUCCUCCGACCGUCGUGGUUACAGCCACUCACUGAAGGACUAAACUUUUUGGGAGUCUCCUCAUCCGGCCGUGCUGGCAGACUGGUUAUUGUUGGUUUAGGGGAAUGCAUCUCUCCUCUGUUUGCUCUAUAAACGGGUUUGGGAACGCAUUGAGGAAGGGGUCCACACGAAUGGGAAUACGGCAGCGCCAAACUCUUGCAAUGCGGCCAGAGUGAAGGGGGUAGAAGACAAUACCAUUCCACGGGCUGUGGGGCUGCUCGCUAUCAAUAUUUCAGUGGGGUCUGCUUCCAAGCGAAUAGUUACAGUUCCAUUUUUUUCUCUGAUUGCUCCUAUAACCCAUUAUUGCGACGAAUAGUGUUUUUGAUUAGAAGAACAAGCCAUGACGUCUACGGCCAAAUUCCGAAAGGACAAGGAGAUCGUAGCCGAAUAUGAGACUCAAGCCAAAGAGAUCCGUGCCCAGCUGGUGGAGCAGUUGAAGUGUCUGGACCAGCAGUGUGAGCUGAGGGUGCAGCUGCUGCAGGACCUGCAGGACUUCUUCAGGAAGAAGGCGGAGGUGGAGAUGGACUACAGUCGUAACCUGGAGAAACUGGCCGAGCGGUUCCUUACGAAGACACGCAGCACCAAGGACCACCAGCUCAAGAAGGAGCAGAGUGUGCUGUCUCCAGUCAACUGCUGGAACCUGCUGUUGACUCAGGUGAAGAGAGAGAGCCGAGACCACGCGACCCUCUCUGACCUCUACCUCAACAACAUCAUACCGCGCUUCGCCCAGGUCAGCGAGGACUCCGGACGACUCUUCAAAAAGAGUAAGGAGGUCGGCGUUCAGCUUCACGAGGAUCUGAUGAAGGUUCUGAACGAGCUCUACACGGUGAUGAAGACAUACCACAUGUACAACACAGACAGUAUCAGCUCUGAGAACAAACUGAAGGAUGCAGAGAAACAGGAGGAGAAGCAGAUGGGGCGUUCUGGUCGCCAGGACGACAGACAGACUCCCAGGUCACCUGACACACUGGCCAGCGUCAAGACUGAGGAGAAACAUGUCCGACGCUCCUCGGUCAAGAAGAUAGAGAAGAUGAAGGAGAAGAGGCAGGCUAAGUACACAGAGAACAAGCUGAAAGCGGUCAAGGCGAGGAAUGAAUACCUGCUGGCUCUGGAGGCCACCAACAGCUGUGUGUUCAAAUACUACAUCCACGACCUGUCUGACAUCAUAGACUGCUGUGACCUGGGCUACCAUGCCAGUCUCCACCGUGCGUUGCGGACCUACCUGUCAGCGGAGAUGAACGUGGAGGCGUCUAAACACAGCGGUCUGGAGGGCCUGGAGAGGGCAGUAGAGAGCCUGGAGCCCAACGGGGACAAGCAGAGACUGAUGGAAACCUACAACAACGUCUUCUGUCCCCCCAUGCGCUUCGACUUCCAGUCACACAUGGGAGACACGAUGGGGGUAGUCUGUGCCCAGCAGCCAUUAGAAGGGGAAUUACUCCAGAGGUGUCAGCAGCUGCAGUCCCGUCUCUCCACCCUCACGAUCGAGAACGAGGAGGUGAAGAAGACUAUGGAGGCCACUCUGUCGACCAUCCAGGACAUGGUCACCGUGGAGGACUAUGACGUCAGCGAGUGUUUCCACCACAGCAACUCCAUGGAGUCGGUCAAAUCCACCAUGAGCGAAUCAUUCCUCAGCAAGCCCAGCCUGGCCAAGAGACGGGCCAAUCAGCAGGAGACGGAGCAGUUCUACUUCACGAAACUGAAGGAGUUUCUGGAGGGGCGGAACCUGAUCACCAAACUGGAGGCCAAACAUGAGCUGAUACAGAAGACUCUGGGAGAGAGUCAGAAGACUGACUGUUGUCUUGCCAGUGACAGGAGGAACUCUGCAUUACGGAAGCAGGAGGCUGGCCAGGUCAUCCCUCUGAUGGUGGAGAGCUGUAUCCGCUUCAUCAGUCGCCAUGGUCUGCACCAUGAGGGCAUCUUCAGAGUGUCUGGCUCUCAGGUGGAGGUCAACGACAUCAAGAACUCCUUUGAGAGAGGUGAGGACCCGUUGGCGGGGGAUCAGAAUGAUCACGACAUGGACUCCAUCGCUGGCGUUCUGAAGCUCUACUUCAGAGGCCUGGAUCACGCCCUCUUCCCCAAGGAAGUCUUCCAUGACCUCAUAUCCUGUGUCUGUGAGUCUCCCCCAGCGCCACGCCUUUUCCAUGAUCGUACCCUACAAAAAAGACCACUGUCCAGUGCUAUGGAGAACCUGCAGGAGAGGGCUGUCCACAUCAGGAAGGUUCUGCUGUCUCUGCCCAGCAACACUCUCAUCGUCAUGAGAUACCUGUUUGCCUUCCUCAACUACCUGUCCCGGUACAGUGAGGACAACAUGAUGGAUCCCUAUAACCUGGCCAUCUGCUUCGGGCCCACACUGAUGUCAGUCCCAGAGAGCUGUGACCAGGUGUCCUGCCAGGCCCACGUUAACGAGCUCAUCAAGACCAUCAUCAUCCACCACGACGGGGUCUUCCCCGGACCACGGGACCUGCAGGGGCCCGUCUACAUCAGCCCAGGGGCCACUGAUGAGUACUGUGAUCCCCACUGUGAGCCCCCCCUGGUGGACAUACCUGCUCCCGACACCAUCUCUGUCAUCCACAACAGCGAUGAUGGCUCGUUGGUCGUUUCAGAAUCGGACCCAAUAGAGGCCAUUGCUCGCUUCGACUUCUCCGGACGGACCAACCAGGAGCUGUCAUUUAAGAAGGGCGCGUCUCUCCUCCUUUUCCAGCGAGCCAGUGAUGACUGGUGGGAGGGCCGACACAACGGAGUGGAUGGACUGGUGCCUCACCAGUACAUAGUGGUUCAGGACAUGCCGGACGGGGGCAGAGGCAGUCCGAAGACUGAAGCGGAGUUGCAGGAGGAGAGAGUGUCUACUAGGGGCACUGCUGCCUCUCCUACUGGAGCUCAUGUAGCAGACAUCUACCUAGCCAACCUCAACAAGAUGAGGAAGAGGCCUGAGUUGGGGAGUAUCCGUAGGACCUUUUGGGGGUCUGAGGGAGUCCAGGGGGGUGAUGUGUCCCUGUCUGGGGCGACAGGAGGGGGCGUAAGGACGGCCAGUCUGCCAGUGGGAGGGGCUCUGGUGAAGGAGGGCGGCGACAAGCGACCGGUCAGCGCCCACAGUGUCCUCAACUCCUCGAUCACGCGCCACUCCUCUCUCAAGACCAAGGUGGAGAGCCCUCAGUUCUGCAAGGCGACUACCACGGGCCGCUCUAAGAGCUUCAGCAACCACCGGCCCCUGGAUCCUGAGGUCAUCGCUCAGAUGGAGCCCACCUCACAGGAUAUCGAGGCGGCUAUGAGCUCUGCUCUGAGUGAGCUGAAAGAGCUGGAGAGGCAGAGCAGUGUCAAGCACACGCACACCCCCGACGUGGUGCUGGACACACUGGAGCAGCUGAAGGGUGUGUGUGGGGGUGGCGGGGCGUCCGAGCCCUCCAGUCCCCUCCACUCCCGUCUGCUGAGGGACAGCGAGGGCGCAGGGCCUCCACACUCACACCCCCUCCAACGCAGCGCCUCGUCCGCUAGCGACGUCCCCUCCUCCUUCCGGCCCUCCAAACCCAGGAGCCCCCUGCCCUCUUCCGCAUCCUCCUCUCUCGCCUCCUCAGCCCUCUCUGCCUCCACUCCCUCCUUCCGAGAGCCUCGCCCUCCAGCCACGCGGCCCAAGCCGGUGGUUUUCCCCAAGGGUGGAGGAGGCGGCAGUCCGGCUAUGGGCUCCCCAACCACCACUGUCCCCCCAACCCCUCCACCCCCACCCCCACCCCAACCUAAUGACAAGUCCUGCCCUGCCUGAGGGCACUCUCUCACACACACACACACACACACACACACACACACACACACACACACACACACACACACACACACACACACACACACACACACACACACACACACACACACACACACACACACACACACACACACACACACACACACACACACACACACACACACACACACACACACACACACACUCCCCUUCGAUCCUCACACCCUGUCUCCAUCUCCUCUCGCCCCAGUAAUAAGUGGGAUAGCUCCAAUCUUGGAUCAGCUUACCCUCGCAAACUCUUAACCAUUUAUGGGGAAAACCCCCGAACCAUAUGUAAAGCAUCCUUGACUCAACUCUGCCCCCUCUUGGUAGCUUCAGUCAUCACACCUACCUUCUGACUGACAUGGACUAAUACAGAAAAUCAAAUAAGGCAUCCAAAUGGACAAACAGCCUGACAAAAAGAGAUAUGGCGCCUGUACUGUAUAUACCGGUGUGAGGUGUGCCUGUGUGAGGUGUGUGUGAGGUGUGUGUGUGUAUGAGGUGUGUGUGUGUGGCAUACCUUACACUUGAGUGAGAGCACCGUUUGAUUUUAAAUAGAUGGUGACAUUUAAGGACAUUUAUCCCCAACUAACCUUGAGAAUACUGGAGUGGACGGGAGGAGUGGUUCACCUGGUUGGCUGUGUGUGUGGCAGUGUGACUCCUGGAUUCCACACUCUCUGAGAACACACAGACCGACUGUGGAAACAGAGAACCCUAACUAACUCUGUAGAAACUCUGUGACCUGUUCACUCUGCUGCUUCAAGACUGGGGCAAGACUGGAUCUGCCAGCCUGGACAGAGAGUGAGAGAGUUGGACUGACAGAUGGAUGGAGGGACAGAGGACUAGAAGAUGCAGCAACUCCGGUGAAAAGCCGGGCUAUAUCGCCGAUAGAAAAGCUCUGGAGUAGAGUGCAGGGGGAAUCCCUGCUUCUAUGUGAGGAGGAGAGAGCUAGGUUACAUCUCUGAUCCUCCGAGGUGUCUGGGCAGCAAGCGGCGUGUUGUGGAGAUUCAUCAUAACACAAAACGCUAACCCGUAGAGUUGCUUUACACGAGGGUCUUUUCUACUGUACUCUCCUGGACUCGACAUCCGGGCUUUUCAAUUAGCGGCCCUCAGUGGCCAAAGUAAUGCUGGUUCUCUUUACUAAGUGGAAAUUGAUUGACCAUCUGAUGCCAUCGAUUUGCCAGAGAGUCCAAUCACCUGUUUCCCGGCUGGGAAGAAGUCCCUAGAAUUGAAUGCAGUAGUGACGGGACCCUCCAGGACCAGAAUUGAAUAGCCCUGUUCGACAUUCGGUACAACCAACAUAGUGCAACGCAAUGCUUGUCUGGCUUUACAGCAGUGCCACCUGCUGGUGCAUAAGGGCACGAUGUGGCCUUGCUCAAUAACCCCCCCUUUCUUUAGCAAUAAGAGUCUGACAGAGACUCAAAAACUCAGCAGCAUGCCAGGCCUGCUGCUUCUCUCUCCCUUAGAUUCCCAGCAUUAAUAUACACUCUAUUACAGAAGUAGAACACACACACACGCAUGCAUGACGUGUGUGUGUGUGUGUGUUCUGUGGCAGCUAAAUGCCAUUUCAGGUUCUCCUCGCAUGCUGGGGCCACAGCAGUCGCAGUGCUGACUGACUGACUGACUGACUGCGUCUCUCUACAAUACAAGCAAUGCACCUCUUCGACCAGCUACACGCAAAUGAUGACUCCGAACAAAAUCCUCAAACAUGUUUGUUUUACCUUGUUUAAUGUUUAAUAAUCAUGAUUAUUAACUGGAAAAGUGCAGACGAGGAAUCUCAGUGAGGUGGAAGAGUUUGUUUAGAUACGAGCACAAACAAAACCUCGUCAAGCACAUUUGGAAUAAUUACAUAAUGCUUCUUUUCUCCCAGUUGUUAGUUAAUCCUCAGAAUAUGUCAUACUGGACCGUGUCUGUCAGGGACUCUGCACAGCUCUUAGAACUGAAACGUAAAGGGAGAACCCACUCAAAACAAUCAUUUGGUGUUUGUUUCAUUAGUCCACUGCUGAUACAGUCCCGAACUUGACUGCUGGCAAGCGAAACAUUUUUCAGGAUAAUUUGCGUCAUCAAUGAUGAUGCGGCCGGAGACACUUUGCUUCUUGAAACUCCCAACAUCUUGAAAACUUGACUGUUGACCUUCAAAACAUUUUGGGACUGUAUCAACAGUGGACUAAACAAAUACCAAAUUAUAGUUUAAGUGGAUUUGCCCAUUAACUGCGCAUCAUGAAGGGAACCAACUAAUGGCAGCUUUCUGGGGACAGGGGGACCAACAGGAAGGGGACACCACAGACAGCAGAGCCACUUCCUGUGUCACCAGAGCCACUGCCUCACUAGGCUUAAUGUUUGUGUGACUGACUAGUACUCAGUCCCAGUCAUUUCAGCCAUUUCUGGAAAAGUGUCACUCUCUCGUUCCUCUACCAAGAGCAUUGGUGUGUAUCAUUGGCGGACCAGCGUCCAAUCAUUUAUUGGGAUUUAUAUAACCCAAUGACAUGAGUUAAAGCAACAGCCCAGAGGCCUGUUCUGUGGUGCUCGUCUUUAAGAGAACCUCUGCUGUGGCUCCCUAACUAUCUGUUACUCUGACUGUCGCGUGGUCAACGUCAAAACGGUCCUGUCCUGUCUGUCACGGUGACAUCAUUUGCAUUUUUCUGUAGUCCGAACUCUGAUUUGUGACAGAAUGUGACAGAAUGUUUUGAUUGGUCAAGGUCAGUGGGAGGGCGGGAUGCUCUAGUGAUUGACAGCUCUAACGCCCGGUCUGAGAUCAGGAUCGUCAAUGACAGGGCUCAAGAGAACCCUCAGGGGAGAAGAGAAGAACAACGAGUUCAGACAGUUUCUGUCUUUCCCCCUCUCCUUAUCACCCUCCUCUCUUAGUACCUUUCUCCUUCUCCUAGCAUUCUCCCUCUGUUCCCACAGACACACACCUCUAGUUCCUCCCUUAUUCCUUCCUCCCCAUCCUGCAAACCCCAGGUAUAUAAUUGUAUUAUUGCAAUCCCAAAUGCUCUGUAACAGGUGGUUGAUUUCUUAAAUGUAAUGUUUUAUCUCUGUGUGUAUUUUCAGAUGUGUUUUACAUAGGGUUUUAUCUCUGUGUGUAUUUUCAGAUGUGUUUUACAUAGGGUUGCUCUCCUUACCUCAUCUUUGGCCACUGGGGCGAUUAGGCAUCAACACACAUGUCAUACGAACACACACUCAUGGGUGAUGCUUUGUGGUUGGAGUCUCUGUUCACCUGGCUUCGCUGUAUAGGAGCCGGGAGCCUCAGUCUCCACACCGUAUUAUCAGUUGAGCUCAAAUCAUUCAUCGCACACUUGAAAUUACAGUGUGCUCACGGACUGAUUUGAGCGAUGAUGAUUUUUAAAAUUCUGAUUGAACUAUUGUUAAAUAUGCAUUUCUUGCCCAUUUUGAAAACACGGGACCUAAAAAAAAAUUAAAAAAUGACUGUAAUGUCAAAUAUAUUUAUAGUUGUCUCUGUAUUACCGGAGAAUCCUAUGUUACGAUGUACUUUGUACAUACAAUGUUGUACAUUACAGAGGUACACUGUUUUUCUGGUACAAUAUUGUACAGUAAUAGCAAUAGUAGCUUAAUCAAAUAGGUCUUAUAUAAUUAUAUGUCUAGUUCUUGUAGUAGACUUUUUUUUUAAAAUAAACAUCUCUUGCUAUAAAAGG